AUGGGCUUCCAACUUAAUCCUGCUAAAUCCUCGUCAUUGGCAGCAGUCAAGAGGAAUCCAUCCACUACAGUCCUAUUUGGAAAGAAAGCAAUCUCACGUGCCAGCAAGCUUUCCAAAAAUGAUCGUGAUAUGAGGAAUGCAUUGGAAUCAUGUCUCGAUGGCAGUCUGAAUGUCGCAGAACAACGAGACGUCAUACUGAUGGUGGAUUCCAACAAUGUUCGAGGAAAAGACGACUUUAAGCUUACCAACAGCCAACUGCUCUCCAAACUCAAGGCUUGGCGACGACAAUUCUAUCCAAACUUGAAUAUUGUCUGCCAUGUUGAUCACGGCAGUCGCCCUGAUAUUUUCGCCUACGAUGGUCUUGGUCUUGUGGAAUUUGCUGGACCGAAUCGCGUGGCCGAUGAUGUGAUUGCACAAAGUACGCGGUGGCUUUCCAAUGUCACGAUGCACGACGACCCUGAAUAUAGAGAAGAAAAUUUGGAUGUUGACGUCUUUGUUGUAACUUCUGAUGGCGGCCUUCGCACAAGGUGUCUCCGAUCGAAUCAGCCAGGAAACUUCAAACGCAAACGCACAGCCAAGGAGAAUGUCAAAGUGUUUGCCUCCCAGCAGCUUCUGCAGUCAUUUGAGCGGAUAAAGGACGAUACUCAGUCCGUUGGGGAUGGCACCGAUACCAACCCUUUGCACAAGAUAUUGGAACGGCAAGUGCUGGAGGUGGAAAUGGACCUUCGUUCGUAUGAGCAACUACGCCCUCCGUGGCCAAAUCAAAAAGCGAAAGAAGCUGCCAUGGCUGCUGGUCCAUGGAAGUCUUCACUUCUAUCACCAUCCUAUGAUGAAUCAAGCCAAUCUAGUGAAGCUGAGUCAGAUUCGUCUCCUCCAAGUCCAAUGACUACCUUUCAAGAAAAGACGUGGCAUCGAAUAGUGGUGGCAGAAAACAUGAGACGACGGAUGGAGUCAUUGUCACAAUCCGAAGCUUGGUCGACUAUGGAACCGAGUGGAUUGCUGAAGCGAUAUCAUUCGUUGCACAAUGAUUCCUUAUCAGAUACAAUUCCCACCAGAAGUAUGGUAUCUGACAACCGGAUUCGCUAUGAAAGGACAUUACAACAGCAGUUGGUGGAAUAUUUGGAAGCAGGAGUCGACUCCGUAUCCGACAAUCCAACUUUGACGACGCCAACAAAGACACCGGUCGAGGUUGCAGCAGCAUUACUUCAGACCAUGGUACUUGAAUCAGCUGGCAAGACGCAAGACCAGAUCCUGCUGCGAUAUCUGAAUGAAGCUCCCGAAUAUUUGCAGUUUCCCACCAAGGACAACCUCAAGGGCCUUCUCACGGCGAUUGCCAUGCGUCAAAAGCCAGAAGGAUCCACACGAAAACAGUGGUGUUUGCGACCCGAUCCACCACGACUGGAUUGUUGGCCCAUCCAACCUGGCAAGACCAGUCAAAGACAGCGAAAGUCACGACGAUCCAAGUCAUUAUUUGAUCCAGUGGACGAUGCCUUGGUGGAGCGUGGUGCAAAGGCUGAAGAAACGUGGUUUUCGUUGCUCAAAUGGAAAAAGAAUACUGCCACAUCGCCCCUACAAGUAGACAGUACGUAUGGAUAA